AUGCGUUUUAUCAAUUAUAACGGCAGGUAAGUUGUAAAAUGCGAAAAAAAUGCUUUAUUUAAAAAUUGCAUUGUAACUAUUAUACAUCUUGUUGCAAAGAUAUGCUAACUGUUUUUUAUUACGUAGUUUUAGCUGAACCAGAUGUGGUACCGUUUUUAAAUUUGUACAAUAGGUCUAUAUUUGAAUGUCCGUUAUAUAAUGAUCUUGACGUCGUAAGACGAUCAGCAGAAGACAUGUUACAGUUUGAAAGUUCAAAUCAAGGUUUUUAUAAUUGUCAUAUUGACUUUCUAAAUGGCACAGUAGAUGCAGUUGUAUGUUGUUUAUUUAUUAUGGUUUAUUAUUAUUAUUUAUGGCUAACGACUGGUCGAACAACCUUGCUCUUUAUUACCAAGGGCUGCUCAAAUGAUUUUUUUUUUUAGCAUUGGUUUGAUGAAGAAAAACGUGUAGCUUCACCAGAAUACACUGUAAAAUGUACAGAUGCAAAUGAAAAAGUAGUUUUUAAUGAUGUUUACAGUAACCUCAACAGAAAUAAGGUACAAGAAAAUGAAGUAUUGUCAUCUGAAGAAAAGCCAAGCAUUGUGAUUCUGUUGAUUGACGGUGUGACGAGUAACGGAUUCCAACGUGAGAUGCCAUUGACAAAAUUGUUUUUGGACAAGAAGAACACGGCUUUCAUGAAGGGAUUCAAUAGGGUAACAUUGGUUUUAAAGUUGUAGUGUUAAGAUAUCUUAAAACAGUAUUGUAAUUGAUCCUACAUUAAAAUUCAGCGUCUUAUGGUUUUCUGUAAAGUAUAUACUUUGGUGUAGUAAAAAAAUAGAGACACGUACAAUAUUACUGUUUAGAUUAGUAAAGACUCAUACCAGAACAUACUUGCUACACUGACUGGUAAAGUCUUGGAACCUGAACAUAAUGGUUUAAAUGCUUCUAUGCCAACAUUGAUGCAGCUUUCCAGAAGUCAACUUUAUGGUGAUAUUGGGUGGUUAUUUGAUGUAGCUAAUGAUAAAGGAUAUGUUACCCAUUUCAACGAUGACAGCGACUUUUUGAAAGAGUUGGAAGGUCUAAACAAGAAGAUUCAGCUUUCGGUGGAUGUAAAUUUACGGUAAAAUACUUUAGUUGCUUGGGCUUUAAUUUGUAAAUUACGAUUUUAGUACCUUGAAUACAGUUUUAAAGAUUUUUUUAAAAGUAAUGCAAUCUCUUUUACUUUAACUUUUAUUUGGGUUUUAGAAGGUUUCAUCAGAUUCUGAAAAAGAUUUCUUUGUUUCCUAUAUGUCAUAAUGGUAAAAUGACAUCGAUGAGGACAAUCGAUGAGAUGGAACGGUAAGUUUUUUAAUGUUUUCAAAUUUAUUGCUUUAAUAUUGACACACUUUUAGCUUUAUACGACAUUACAAUACGUCAUCAAUAUUGUCCGUUAAUAUAGUCUCAGCUGCUACACAAUUUUACGGUGUAAUUCCGGAAAUCGAUGAAUAUCUUUACAAUACACUUGUCACUCUUCAAUCAUCUGGAGCUCUCGACAAAACAAUUCUGAUUCUCAGUAGUACUCAAGAAGCUAGCUUUGGUCCUAUUCCACAUACCGUAACUGGCAAUCUGGAGAAUAAGUUUCCGCUCUUGGCCAUGAGUGUACCAAAGUCAUAUAAGCAUUCGCAUCUUGACAAGUAUAUCAACUUGAAGAUGAAUGAGAACAGACUCACUACGUACUUUGACAUAUACGAAACAGUAAAAGAUCUACUGGGGUAUGAGAGGUCUACGGUAGGAAUGUCACUGUUGAGAGAAGUGUCAACUAUCAGGGAAUGUCGACAUAUAUUUAGUACUGAUGAAUACUGUGGGUGUAUGAGAGAGGUGGCUGUUGACCAAGUCUUGAGCUUGAAUGAUAGGGUAUGGUAAAGUUAUUUUUUAUACUAUCAGUUACAGUAUAUUCAUAUUGUUUUAAGAUACUGAACUGGCAUUUUCUUAUAGGACAUAAUCAUAAACACUAACGAGCAUCGUAUCUUGAACCAAUUGUAUCGUUUACCGUGUGUAGACUCGGUUGACUAUGCUCGGCCUGACAGGUUAUAUGUGUACUCUUACAAUAUGACCGACAGGAUAAACAACUUUCAUACUACAGUACUACCGACCAGGUUAGACAGUGUUGAGGUACGACUCGACAUGCCAAUCACAAUAUUCUGGAAGAAUGUAAAGUCAGAACAGUCUACCGACUUUUCCAUACGAUCUCAAAUCAAUUACAAUGUAGAUACGAACGAGGCCAGAAUGGUGGCCAAGUCAAUGAUAUUCGAGGCCAAAAACGGGUGUAAACAAAUAUUACUGCAAGAUGUGUGUAGUUGUCUAAUGUAA